GCAAUCUGAUGUCCUACAACCUACAAUAAUUUUAGUGUAACAACUAUCUGCAACAGAAAAUGUUGGUGGCACACUUGGCCAAACAUGAAAUUAACAAGGAAGCUGUUCAAGGAUGUAAUAAGAAAAUGGCACCACAUUUUCUGGCAUAUGGCCAUAUAUUAGAAUCCUGCCACAACUACAUAUCAAGACUGGAUCAACAUUAUGUCUCACACCAUGCAUCAGUUAUGUGCUGUGUACCAAAAGGUAAUGGAAAUUACACAGCAGGAAACAACAUUCAUGUGUUCAAGCUUCCUAAAGAGACAGACAUGGCUCUAUUCAAUUCCAAGACAAGAUUUCACAGCUACUAUUCAAUCUGUGGCAUGUCACAUGCAUUUCAAAGCUAGCAACAUUAUUUGGGAAGUAUCUGUAAUAGAUGGAAAAACCGUAACAGCUCCAAUUUAAAAAAAAUCAUGGCCUGAUUCAGAUGCUGCACCAGGCAUUUUUCCUAUCUGUCCAGCCUACUUAUAUUCAGCUGCAGGGCCAUCCAGAGAGGGACUAGAAGAAAAAGGAGCAUGCUAGAGGCAGUAGUACUACACAAAAACCAUGAAGAUUAGUGUAACCAUCCAUAAUGAUUAUUUGAAAGGCAUUUGAUAUAAAGAAAUUCAUAAGCUGAAAUAUAAAGUUAAUGUAAUAUCUUUACAGAAGAAUUGGGUGAUAACAGUAAA